AUGGCCGGCCCGGGAGCAUCGCCCUACGUCUGGGGGUGGCUGCUGCUUGGCGGUUGCCUUCUCGCCGGAGCCCAGCUGGAUUCUGAUGGCACCAUUACUAUAGAGGAGCAGAUUGUCCUUGUGCUGAAAGCUAAAGUACAGUGUGAACUCAACAUCACAGCCCAACUUCAGGAAGGAGAGGGAAAUUGUUUCCCAGAAUGGGAUGGACUCAUUUGUUGGCCCAGAGGAACAGUGGGGAAAAUAUUGGCGGUCCCAUGCCCUCCUUAUAUUUAUGACUUCAAUCAUAAAGGAGUUGCCUUCCGACACUGUAACCCCAAUGGAACAUGGGAUUUUAUGUACAGUUUAAAUAAAACAUGGGCUAAUUAUUCAGACUGUCUUCGCUUUAUGCAGCCAGAUAUCAGCAUAGGAAAGCAAGAAUUCUUUGAACGCCUCUAUGUCAUGUACACAAUUGGAUAUUCUGUCUCCUUUGGUUCCUUGGCUGGGGCUAUUCUCAUCAUUGGUUACUUCAGACGAUUGCAUUGCACUAGGAACUAUAUCCACAUGCACUUGUUUGUAUCUUUCAUGCUGAGAGCUGUAAGCAUCUUUGUCAAGGACAAAGUGGUCCAUGCUCACAUAGGAGUGAAGGAGCUGCAGUCCCUGUUGAUGCAGGAUGACCUACAAAAUUCCAUAGAAAUGCCUUCUGUGGACAAAUCAAAAUAUAUUGGGUGCAAGAUUGCUGUUGUGAUGUUCAUUUACUUCUUGGCUACAAAUUACUAUUGGAUCUUGGUGGAAGGUCUCUACCUGCAUAGUCUAAUCUUUGUGGCGUUCUUUUCGGACACCAAAUACCUGUGGGGCUUCAUCUUGAUAGGCUGGGGGUUCCCAGCUGCAUUUGUUGUGGCCUGGGCUGUGGCACGAGCAACUCUGGCUGAUGGAAGAUGCUGGGAACUUAGUGCUGGAAACAUCAAGUGGAUUUACCAAGCCCCAAUCUUAGCAGCUGUUGGGCUCAAUUUUAUUCUGUUUCUGAAUACCGUUAGAGUUCUGGCUACCAAAAUCUGGGAGACCAAUGCAGUUGGGCAUGACACAAGAAAACAGUACAGGAAACUGGCCAAAUCAACCCUGGUCCUUGUGCUCGUCUUUGGAGUGCACUACAUCGUGUUCCUGUGCCUGCCCCAUUCCUUCACGGGGCUCGGCUGGGAGGUCCGGAUGCACUGUGAGCUCUUCUUCAAUUCCUUUCAGGGAUUCUUUGUGUCUAUCAUCUACUGCUACUGCAAUGGGGAGGUUCAGGCUGAGGUGAAGAAGUUGUGGAGUCGGUGGAAUCUCUCCAUCGACUGGAAAAGGACGCCCCCCUGCGGCAGCCACAGAUACGGCUCCGUGCUCACCACGUUGACCCACAGCACCAGCAGCCAGUCGCAGGGGCCAGCCAGCGCUCGCUUGGUGCUCAUCGCCGGCAAAACCCCCAGGACAGCCGGCCGCCAGCCCGACAGCCACGUGACUUUACCCGGCUAUGUCUGGAGUAACUCGGAGCAGGACUGCCUGCCACGCACGACCCAUGAGGAGACCAAGGAAGGCAACGCGAGGCUGGGAGAGGAGAUUCCAAUGGUGGAGUCUCCCAGGCCCUUGGAAUUUAACCCAGACGCGGAAGGAAGCAGAGGAGAAACAGAGGAUGUUCUGUGA